AUGGAUGCAGCCAUUCCAAAAAGCAGGAGUGAAAGCUCCAUGGCCCCAUCUGAAUCUGCUAAGAAGAAAGAGAAGAUAAGUGAGGAAGCUACAGUGGAGUAUAAAGCCAUUUCUACUAGUGUUGAGAAGCAAACGCCUGACCCAGAUGAGCUCAAUGUUGACGACUUGUGUAUGGGCAACCCCAACGGCAAGAAAGCUGGUCCUGGCAAAAGGGUUACUGUCCAUUAUACUGGAAAGCUUCAUGAAAAUGGGAAGAUUUUCGAUUCCACUGUUGGAAAAUCUCCUUAUAAGUUUCGUCUAGGUGUUGGAAAAGUCAUUAAGGGAUUGGAUGUUGGUGUUAAUGGAAUGUAUGUUGGUGGCAAAAGAAAGCUUACCAUUCCUCCAGCAUUCGGGUAUGGUAGGUAUGGUGCGGAAGUUGCUGGUACCAAGAUUCCUCCUGACGCUUGGCUGGUGUUUGAUGUCGAACUGCUUAAUGUUCUUUAA